AUGGCCAAUCCAGCUGUAGCCAUCUUUGGGGCUAUGUCGCUUGCGACCUCACUUCCAGCGACAUUCAUUUCCAUCGUGGAAUGCUUCGAAUAUGUGGAACUUGGUCGGCGUUUCGGCAAAGACUUCAACAAGUGUCAGGCCCGUUUAGAAGCCUUGAAACUACAAAUUACAAGAUGGGGAAUCUCUAGUGGCGUACUCUCUGACCCGCAGACGGGAAAACGGAGAGUCGUUGAUUUUGAUGCCAAUACGACUGAGACCGCCCAGAGGCUCCUUGACCUUAUCUUGGCAGAUACUAGAGAGCUUGAGAACAAAUCUAGGAACUACUGUGACCAGCCAGGAGCCACCAAUGGCACAGAGUCAACGCAGCCGGACCCAAUCGACGCACCAACCCAAGCCUUAAAAUCGAUUACAAGCAAAAUGUUUUCUCGGCGUAUUCAAGGCGUGGCAUUGCAGAAAAAAACGAAAUGGGCGUUGCGCGACAAGAAACAUUUUGACAGGCUCCUUGAAGACAUUACGGAGAAUUUGAAUCUUCUGGUGUUGAUGCAGCAAGUCACUGAGCCUCAGCGUGAACUUUGCCGCAUGGAAGUGGAAGAAAUCCAAGAUGGUCAACCUCCCGUUGUCCUGGAGCUACUGCAUGAGGCUUCACAGGCCAAUACCGAUAAUGUAUUGGAGCAAGCUUUACAAGAAGCUAUCAGCAACAUGGGCACUGGCCAUAGUUGGGAGCGGACAGAGGUGAAUGAUGAUGUCAAGUUACAGCAAGGCGACCGCAUUGCAAACGGCUUCAACGGUCAAGUACUAGGUAAUAGGGGCAACCAUAAGUUUGGGGUCACGAUUGGAAAGGGUCGCUCAGAUAUUCAUCAAGGAGAUGCUUAUGGAAAGGAGUAA